UUUUAAAACAAUAUAAUAAUGGCUGAAGAAAAUAAGGAAUUUCUUAAAAAAAAGGAUUACUAUGAAAUAUUGGGAGUAUCAAAAUCAGCCACAGAUGAAGAGCUUAAAAAGGCUUAUAGAAAAUUAGCUUUGAAAUUCCACCCUGAUAAAAAUAAACAUGAAGGAGCUCAAGAAGCAUUUAAACGUGUGGCUCAAGCAUAUAAUUGUCUUUCUAAUCCUGAUAAAAAGAGAAUAUAUGAUUAAUAUGGAACAGAAAGACCAGAAAGUCAACGUUAGCAUCAUCAUUAGGAUUAAAAUGGAUAUUAUUAUGAAUAAUGUUAUGGUGAUGACUUUGCUAAUGUAUAAAUACCAUAAUAAAGAUUAGGAAAUAUUUAAAGCCUUUUUUGGAACACCAAGAGCUCAUCAUUAAAAUAGAUAGCAUCCUAAUGGAUAAAUAAAUGUGUAAUUUUUACAAUUUCUUCCUAUUAUAAUGUUGAUAUUUUUAUCUUCAUCAGGGAUUAUGACUAUGUUUUAAAAAGCUCCCCUUUAUUCAUUUUAAAGGUCUUAUGACUACCCUACUGUUAAAACCACUAGAAUACUUUAAGUAUAAAUUAAAAAUAAAUCAAGGUUAAAUAUUAUAUAGGUUCUGAUUUCAAGGAAGAAUACUCAACUAAAGAAAAACUUAAAGAGAUCGAAUUAGAAAUAGAAUAGUAAUACGUUGAUUAGCUUAAACGUGAUUGCAAUAAUAUUUAAUAUAAAAGAUAAAUGUAUGAAAGCUAUGCAAAAAGAGCAUUUUAUCAAAAAGAUCGAGAUUCUUAUAGAAAUGCAAUCAGAAGAUUAGACUUUUCAUCUUGUGAUAAACUGGAUGAGCAUCGUAAAACUAUUCCUAGAUUUGAUCAAUUAUAUUGAUUUUUAAUUAACAUAUAUAUAAG